AUGGAACAACCUCAACAACGUUUAACACGUCAAGCAAAAGAGAACCUUUCGACGUCGACUUCUUCAUCUCGUGUUCUCGAUGCUUCAACACGUGCACGACGCACACAAAAGUUCCUCGAAUCACUCGAACAAGAUAACUUUCAUGAAGAUCCCAGUGACCCAUCGUCCUCGUUCGAUUCCACGUUGACUCAAGAACAGUUGGCGAAAACUCUUCAGAAUACAUCAGCGUUUGGGUACAGUCGUCAAUCAAAAGGCUUGAUACUUGAAUCGGAUGAACCAACACAGACACCCAACUCAUCGAACAAACGUCGUAAAGUUCAGUUCAAAUACGAUGUUUUCAAAACACGUUUUCGCAAAAAUCUACAAACAAUAUUAGACGAAGAACUGGGUCCAAACGGUGAAAAAUCGUCUGAAGCAAAAAACUAUUUCACUAUUGUUGCUAAACCAUCGAAAUAUCCACCAUUGAAACUCUGUGCUGUAUGUGGAUUAACAUCUCAAUACACGUGUCAAAUAUGUGGAAGUCUUUAUUGUUCAUUAAAAUGUCUUGAUAUUCAUAAAGACACACGAUGUUUAAAAUUCACAGCUUGA